AGGAUAGGGUCCGAAUAUCAAAUCGGAGCUCCAGAAAGAGAGAGAAAGAAGUGGGGGGAGAGGGAGGCGAGGCGAUGGUUUUGGAGAAGAACAGAGAGGGCGGUGGAACGGGCAAGGAGGCUCCGGCGACGGCGAUGGCGACGGCCGCGGUGACGGAAGAGGCGGAGGAAGGGGAGAUCGUGGAGAAUCCGAAUCUAUCGGAGACGGAGGAGGGACCGCGGCGGCUGCGGCAGAGCCAUCCUCUGGAGCACUCGUGGACCUUCUGGUUCGACAACCCCUCCGCCAAAUCCAAGCAGGCCGCUUGGGGAAGCUCCAUUCGCCCCGUCCACACUUUCUCCACCGUCGAAGGGGAUUUCUCCCGUUUCAAAUACAAGAUAGAGCCAAAAUGGGAGGACCCAGUCUGUGCAAAUGGAGGAAAAUGGACCAUAAGCUACUCUAGGGGGAAGGUUGAUACUUGGUGGUUAUACACAUUAGCUAUUCUUGGGGAGCAGUUUGAUCAUGGUGAAGAAAUAUGUGGGGCAGUCGUCAAUGUACGAGCAAAACAAGAAAAGAUUUCUAUCUGGAUGAAAAAUGGUUUGAAUGAAGCUGCUCAGAGUUAAUUAUAGGCAACGUUAUACGUCACAAACAUAUCCUGCCAGCAUGGAACUUAUGAGGUAGGUUUUUUUAUAUCUGCUGACUGGACUACUACAUUUCAUUGGAUUUCCUCUUUGGUUCAAAGUUGCCUUGGCCAAGAAUUUUGGAGACUAAUCGAGGGUUGGCAUCAGGUAUAAUUCCAACUGUGAUACACUCUUACACCUUCAUGCUUCAUUCCUUAAUUCAACAUCCGAUGCUCUUAUAAAAUGAGAUGACUCUUGUAGUUUGAGGCUAAUUGAUGCAUGGCUCGUGUUAGUGUCCUGUUGUUUCUAGUUGGUCAGAGGCAAACUGUGAGUGAACUGGUUUGUCUACAUUUUUAUGCUGGGUGCUACUGGAGGUCAGUCUGACUGGGAUCAUAUCAGCACCAAGAGCCAUUUGGAUCCAUCUCAUGUCAUGCACCUUCUUACGUGAGCAUUGGGAAACAAUGGAAGGUUUUAUACUGGAUUACAAUGACACUAUUGGUUUUAUACUGCAUGAUGAUGCAAAGAAGCAUGACAGAUUUGCCAAGUGUCGAUGUCAAAUAUGAUCUUCUUAUGUUAACAAGCAGGAAGCAGCUCGCACCUAUGAAUUCCUCUUUCUAGCAGCUAACCAGAAGCACGUGGUGACGACACUAAAUAGUGUAUGGUUUCCUUUCUGAGGGUAUUUUCGGUGGAUUUUGACUAUUUAUUUCUUUUAGUGUGGUAUCAUUCCUUCUUGAUCCGGUAUAGCUUUUUGUGAGUGAUGUCAGUCUAGCUGCUGACCUGUUUUAAACAGCUGAUCCUUUUGUGUGUGUGUGUGUGUGUGUUUCUAUUUUCUUAAACUAAUGUUGACUUGAUGCUCCACUUAUGCAGUUGAUUUUCCUCUUGUUAUAUGAUUA